AUGGUUCUCGGAUUUCCACCUCAGCAGCGUUACCUCUUUCUUGGUAAUUACGUCGACCGUGGCUCUAGAUCGAUUGAGACGAUCGCCCUUCUAUUCUGCCUCAAACUCCGUUUUCCGAAACAUAUAUACCUACUUCGAGGAAACCACGAGUGUCAGCAUAUAUCACGUCACUAUGGCUUCUAUGAUGAGUGCUUAAAACGCUUUAGUAGACGAUUGUGGAGAACCUUUAUUGGCACAUUUGACUUCCUACCCUUGAUAGCCAUCUUGGAGGAGAAGAUAUUUUGUUGUCAUAGCGGUAUGUCACCAAGCGUGCAGUUUUCGGGUGUGUCAAAUCUCCAGGAGUUGAAAGACUACGUGAUGAAGCUCACACCCCGACCGACUGAGAUUCAUACGAGUAUCCUCAUGACGCAUUACACGUGGUCCGAACCUGAUCCAGAGGUGAAGACCUGGGAGCAGAAUCCUGCAGGUCUCGGUUACCUAUACGGCGCGUCCGUGGUGGAUGACUUUUGCAACCGGCUUAAACUCCAACAAAUUAUCCGGUCCAAUGAGCUUAUUGAGAAGGGCUAUGAAUUUUUCAAGGACAAGCGACUACUGACUAUAUUUUCUGUACCGAACUUUCUGGGCAGUUUCACCAAUGACGGUGCGGUCGCGCGUAUUGAAAAGAUACCUGAACACAACGAACUGCACUGCAGCAUAAAGGUAAUAAAGCCGAUCAUGAAACUGCGAACGAAAAUGACCGGCCGUAUGAACAUAGCUGUAAUGGAUUCCAAGUCGACGAGGAAUCCGGAAGAAGUGGCCGAAGAACAGGGGAGAAAGGAGGCUUAA